AUGAGGAUGCCAAAUGCAGUCAGUUCACUGCCUGAUACUACAGCUGGCAAUACUCUGUCUCGAGUACGACUCAGGAAGACGAGAUCCGGCGGCGUGACCAAUAAAUUACCGCAGCAGGUGCUCAGGAGAAAUGAAAGGGAAAGGAGACGAGUACAGCAAGUGAACAUUGGAUUUAUAAAUCUUCGCGACCGGGUACCACACUCAGCAACCAGCAAGAAGCUGAGCAAGGUGGAAACACUUCGUGAAGCGGCAAGAUAUAUCAAGCACUUGCAAGAUCUGCUUCAAGGCACUUGCAACAAGCCGUUCGAACCUCUCAGUGUUACCCAGGAACAGCAGAACUGCCGUGGCCCGUGCUCAUCCCAGGAAAAUCACUACCCACUAACAAAUCAAAUGCCCGCGAUUUGUGAGUUUAGUUGUGCCUCUGAGUCCUACUCAUCCGAGCCUUACUAUCACCUAUACUCGCAAAGGACCAACAACAAUUUGUCAUACCAAAAAUCAUCGUUUCACUUUGAUAAUUCGAUGGUAAAAUGUGAAAACGAUUUACCGAAUACAUCUUCAUCUUCACUAGAUUAUUCCGACACGACGCGCUUUCAGCAUCCCAGCUAUGUACUAUGA